AUGUCCAAAUGUGGCCUGAUGCCCAUCUGGGCGCUGGGUGUCCACCUGCAGCAUGGAUGUCCACUGGUACUUUAUGUCCACCAGGGGCCUAAUGUCCACCUAAGACCUGGUGUUCACCUGGGGUCUAAUGUUCAGCUGAAGACCGGAUGUCCACCUGGAGCCGAGGAAUCCACCCAGGGACUGGUGUUGAACUGGGGCCUGAUGACUACCCGGGGACAAGGCCUGAUGUCCAGCUGGGGCAUAGGUGCCCACUGGGGGCUUCCUGUUAACCUGGGGACUGGUGUCAUUCUGGGGCCUAAUGACCACAUGGGUUGUAUUAUUCACCUAGGGCCUGGUGUCCACUUGGGGCUUGAGUGUGGCCACUUGGAGCUUUAUGUGCACCUGGGGCCUGAGAGCUUCCUGGGAUCUGAUGACCACUGGGGCCUAGCGAUCCACCUGGGACAUCAGGCUCCAAGUGUACCACAGGACAGGAGUCACCAGGUAGACAUCAGGCCCCAGAUGGAGCUAGCAGGCCAGGCCUCACCAGUGUUCCCACCAGGGCCACAUCUGCACAUUGUCCUUUUCCAGCUGGAGCCUCUGGAGCUCAUUGAGACACAGGCACAUGCUCCUGCUUCAGGUGCAGAAAUACAGCUAUUUCCAGUGCCAGCUGUUGAGCCACUGCCAGCACCAGGGCCAGAUUCCCCUCCAGGGACAGCGCUGGAGCUAGAGGAAGCUCCAGAGCCCUCCUGCCGCUGCCCUGGGACUGCCCAGGACCAGCCCAGUGAGGAGCUGCCUGACUUCAUGGCACCUCCUGUAGAGCCACGGGCCUCAGCCCUGGAGCUGAAAGUGUGGUUGGAGCUGGAGGUGGCAGAGAGGGGUGACCAGCACAGCUCCAGCCAGAAGCUCCCACACUGCUCCCAGUCCUGGGCACAGUGGAAGCUAUGGAGGCAGAGACCAGGAUGUGCAACCUGGGCUCCUCUGCCUCACUGGAGAGGGACUUCUCUCAUUCAGCAGAGCAGCAGCCCUGCUGCUGAAGGGCCUGCUGCUACUGCUGCUGGGGGUGUUUGCCUGCCUGCAGGAGGUGCUGGAGAGCAAGAAAAGGAGCCUGUGAGCAGGGGUUCCAGCAGGUCCUCCUGCUCCCAGAGGUGACCUCCUCCUCCAGGAAUGGAGGUUUGCCCUCAGCUAGGCAUCUGGGCCAUUUGCCUCUAAUGUGCUGCCCAGGAUGGCCUCUUCUUGACAGGUGGACAGGGGUUGAGGGGGCCAGGGGGCAUCUCCAAAGGAAGCUCUUAAACUCAGCAGCAGCACUCCAGAAUCUCCAUGCCUGCACCUGCCCAAGGAUUUAUUCAUAGCUUAACUAAGAAUUUCAAAUUUCUACCAUAACACUGAAAUAAAGUUUGACUUUUUGAAA